AUGUCCGACGAUGACUUUGACUACGGCUUCGAGUACGAGGGAUCCGACAACGAGGAGGACGUCGUCGACGUCGAGAACGAGUACUACACCGCCAAGUCCCAACGCGACACGCCCGAUACGGCCCUCGCCUCGUUCCAGAAGAUCGUCAACGACGAGACGUCGCGCGGCGAGCAGGGCGAGUUCGGCUUCAAGGCGCUCAAGCAGAUGACCAAGCUCACGUUCAAGCUCGGCCGGUACGACGAGGCGCUCGCGCACUACAAGACGCUCCUCACCUACACCAAGAAGGCCGUCACGCGCAACGUUGCCGAGAAGGCCAUCAACCGCAUCCUCGACUAUGUGAGCGCCGACACCGGCCUCGGCCUCGACAAGAUGCAGGAGUUCUACGAGGUGACGAUGAGCGCGCUCGAGGAGCAAAAGAACGAGCGCCUGAGCACCAAGACGAACCUCAAGCUCGCCAAGCUGUGGCUCGACCGCCGCGAGUACGCUCGCCUCAACAAGAUCCUCAAGGAGCUGCACGCCCAGUGCGCCCCCUCGGACGACGGCGCCGACGUCGACUCGUCCAAGGGCACGACGCAGCUCGAGGUGUACGCGCUCGAAAUCCAGAUGUACGGCGAGAUGAAGAACAACAAGAAGCUGCGCGAGAUCUACGAGAAGAGCCUCCGCGUCCGGUCGGCCAUCCCGCACCCGAGGAUCCAGGGCGUCAUUCGCGAGUGUGGCGGCAAGAUGUACAUGUCGGAGAAGGACUGGGGCAAGGCGCAGAUCGACUUCUUCGAGGCGUUCAAGGCGUACGACGAGGCCGGCUCGCCGCAGCGCAUCCAGGUCCUCAAGUACCUCGUCCUCGCCCACAUGCUCACCGAGAGCGACAUCGACCCGUUCGACAGCCAGGAGACCAAGCCGUACAAGAACGACCGCGAGAUCUCGGCCAUGACGGCGCUCGUCGACGCGUACCAGCGCCGCAGCGUGCACGAGGCCGAGAAGAUCCUGCGCACCAACCGCGAGACGAUCAUGGACGACCCGUUCAUCCGGGGCUACAUCGACGACGUCCUGCGCUCGUUGCGCACCCAGUGGAUCCUCGAGAUCAUCAAGCCGUACACGCGCAUCGAGGUGUCGUACCUCGCGAGGCAACUCGGCAUCUCGGACGAGCAGGUCGAGGAGAUCAUUGUCGCGCUCAUCCUCGACGACAGGAUUGCCGGGCGCAUCGACCAGGUCACGGGCCGCCUCGACCUCGACAAGCACACGGCCGUCGAGACGCGCCGGUACCAAGCCCUCGACAGCUGGACCGCCCAGCUCACGGCGCUUCACACGCAGCUCAUCAACAAGGCGUCCCAGGCGGGCCAGGAUCGCAGCGGGCCUGGCGGAUCGGUCGGCGCUGCGCCGUGGACGACGGGCGGCGCGAGCGAGGUCUGGGCUUGAGCCUCGGGUCGCUUGGCGGCACCUCGGCGGUGCUCGUCAGGGAGGGAGAACGAGGGCGAGGGACAGAGAGGGUGCCCGCUUGUAGCUGUAUGUAGAUCUCGCUUUCGUUCCUCGUCGUCCUCCCCUCGUUCGUCCCCCUCGCGCUCUCUCUCUCGAGCAGCACUCGCAAUUGCAGUUUUCGAUACCCGG